AUGAGUGUAACAGGUGAUUUAGGAUUAAGUAAAUCAUCAACUGCAAUAUCAGAUGCAGACGAUGAUGAGAUUUAUGGGAUUAUUCUUUAUGUUACACCGAAGGUUUUUCAAGGGCAAAAUUAUACUAAGGCUUCAGAUGUGUAUGGCUUUGGUAUGAUUAUGUGGAAAUUUAUGACAGGAAGAAGGCCUUUUUGGAAUCGAGUUCAUGAUGUAAAUCUUAUUAUUGACAUUUGUGAUGGUCUUCGCCCUCUGAUCGUUAAAAAUGCACCUGAAGGUUACAUUGAACUAAUGCAAGAUUGUUGGCAUUCUAAUCCAAAAAGAAAACCAACUGCUGCAGAUAUCCAAUCAAUUUUUCAAAGUAUUAAAGGCUCAGAAUAUACAAAAGCUAAUAAUGGAAAAUUGAUUUCAAAUGAUAGUUUAAGUAUAGAUGUCAGCAAGGAAUGCUUUGAAUAA